AUUUCUGCUUUAUAAGUGCUUUAUCAAAGUCCAUUUCCAUGAUAGGGAGUCUGUUGGACUAUUCUGAUACAUGCUGAACGAGUAUUAUAAAUUUGACGAAAUGCAGUGUCGAGACGGUUCCCCUGACGAAAUCACUCACAGAAUGUUGAAAGCAUUCAGAGCUAUGAGUCGCUACAAGGUUGACCACAGGGCUAUGCCUGCCCUGGCCACAGUGAGAUGUUCUUCCAGUGACUCGUCGUCUCCGAAACCCAAAGCUGUGAUAUUUGACAUGGGAGGAGUUGUAGUGCCCUCUCCGUUCCAGUUAUUCAAAGAUUUUGAAAAAAGUACAGGCCUCAGUAGCGGAACUGUGUCUAAAUUCAUUGUUGCUGGUGGCAUGGAUGGGGCUUGGUCACAGCUGGAAAGUGGAAAACUGACACUGUCAGAGUUUUCUGAUAUCUUCAGCCGAGAGCUAUCCAAAGAGGUUGGAAAAGAAAUCGACACCAGUCUUCUCAUUGCGUGGAUGAGCAAAUCUGAGGAGGGCCACGCCUUCCCUGUUAUGGUGAAUGCUGUCAGGGGUGUCAAAGCACAUGGCAUGAAGACGGCUUUACUGACCAACAACUGGUUUGUCGACGAGCUGAAAACAAAGACACUGCUACCUGUGGAUCAGUCACUCUUCGAUGUGGUUGUACAGUCCUGUGUUCUUGGCUAUCGCAAACCUCAUACGAACAUGUACAGCCGAUGUGUACAGGAACUACAUGUCAAUGCCAAUGAGGCAGUCUUUUUAGACGAUUUGGGACACAACCUCAAGCCAGCUCAGGCUAUGGGGAUGCACACAAUCAAGGUUACGAGCCCCGAGCAAGCUGUGGCAGAACUGGAAAGUCUUCUUGGAAUUUCACUGAGUGGAGAAGUGCCAGGCACUACCGAGGUACCCAAACGCCUACUGCUGGAUGAAGGAAAGCUGGAGAACUAUUUAAAGUCUCUAGGACUUGAGGAUACAAACCCCCCUUUCAUCCGAGUGUUUGAACAUGGCCAGUCAAAUCCAACAUAUUUUGUUUCAUAUGGGGGUCGACGUAUGGUGCUGAGGAAAAAGCCACCUGGAAAGUUGCUCCCCUCAGCCCACGCUGUUGACAGGGAGUUUAAAGUCAUGUCAGCCGUCCAGAAGGGAGGGGUUCCAGUUCCUAACAUGAUUGCAUUCUGUGAUGACGUCAACGUGGCGGGCACACCUUUCUACUUGAUGGACUAUGUACAUGGAGCUGUGUAUAAGGAACUUGAGCUUCCCGAGAUGACUUCGCAGCGAAAACGUGACACUGUCAUGGCCAUGGUGGAUGUAUUGGUCAAGAUUCACACUGUCGAUGUGGAUGCGGUCGGCCUCUCAGACUAUGGCAAGAAAGGUCAGUACAUGGAGCGCAAUUUCAAACGCUGGGCGUCUCAGUAUGAGCUGAGCAAGACACGGGAGAUUCCAGCUAUGACAAAACUUAUGGAGUGGCUUCCUCACAAUUUCCCCAAGGAUGAGAAAGUGACAGUGGUCCACGGAGAUUUCAGGAUUGACAACCUGAUGUACCACCCUGACCGCCCUGAGGUCCUGGCAACUUUGGACUGGGAGUUAUCUACCCUUGGUGACCCCAUCUCUGACCUGGCCACUGCUUGCCUUGCGUAUUUCCUACCCAGAGACAACCCUUUGCUGCCAGGCUUGAAAGGCUGCGACCCGAAGGAGUUAGGCCUGCCCACAGUGGAUGAGGUUGUUGCGGAGUACUGCAGGCUGAGUGGACGGCCGCCCAUAGAAAACUGGGACUUUUACCUUGCCUUUGUUUUCUUCCGCAUGGCUGCCAUUUUGCAGGGGGUGUACAAGCGAGCUAUAACUGGACAAAGCAGCUCCUCAACAGGAGAAGCAGUUGGAGCUAUGGCAGAAGAAAUGGCCAACUUUGGCUGGGAAAUCGCCUCUCAGGGCCCUCCAAACUCCUCACCCAUUGGCGCGGCUAAUACCAGUGCCAACAACAGUACUGGAAGUGGCCAGAGACGACAUUUCUCCACACUGAUGGGUCACCGCCGUCCGGUUAUGUCAACGUUGGUGCGGCCUUACUCAACAAGUGGCGGUCAGGGCACAGCAGGUCAGAUGGCGGUGAAUGUGCAGGGUCUUUCUCCUCGUGUUCAGGAUCUGCACCGAAGGGUCAAGGAGUUCAUCCAGGAACACGUGGUGCCUCUGGAGUUGGUCCGCAAGCAGCGUGAGGAGAGUGGCGCCCCGCGCUGGGAAGUCAUGCCCGAACUGGAAGCCGCCAAGGAGAAGGCAAAGGCGGCCGGCCUGUGGAACUUGUUCUUGCCCGUAGAGUCGGACCCGGGGAGCAAGUAUGGAGCUGGUCUCACCAAUCUGGAGUAUGCCUUUCUCUGUGAGGAAAUGGGCAAGUGUUUCUUUGCCCCUGAGGUGUUCAACUGCAGUGCCCCGGACACAGGUAAUAUGGAGACCAUUGUACGCUACGGCACUGAGGAACAGAAAGAGAAAUGGCUGAGGCCUCUCCUGGAUGGAAAGAUCCGCUCUUGCUUUGCCAUGACAGAGCCUGCGGUCGCAUCAUCAGAUGCCACAAACAUUGAGUCCUCGAUCAGCAGAGAUGGAGAUUCCUAUAUCAUCAACGGGCACAAAUGGUGGACAUCAGGAGCCCUUGAUCCUCGUUGCAAGAUCUGUAUCUUCAUGGGCAAGACAGACAAAGGUGAAGCUAAGCAUCGCCAGCAGUCUAUGAUCCUGGUACCCAUGGACUCUCCAGGAAUCACAAUUGUUCGACCACUUAAAGUGUUUGGAUAUGAUGAUGCACCAGAGGGUCAUGGAGAGGUCAUUUUUGACAAUGUCCGAGUGCCAGCCUCCAACAUCUUGCUUGGAGAAGGUCGAGGUUUUGAGAUUGCUCAAGGUCGCUUGGGCCCUGGACGCAUUCACCACUGCAUGCGACUCAUCGGUAACGCUGAGCGGGCUUUGUCUCUUAUGGUGGACAGGACCAUGAAGCGUGUGGCGUUCGGCAAGCCACUGGCUGCUCAGGGAACCAUCCAACAGGAUGUGGCCAGGUCAAGAAUCGAGAUAGAGCAGUGCAGACUUCUGGUGCUGAAAGCCGCGUACAUGAUGGAUUUGUAUGGCAACAAGGUGGCUGCUCCAGAGAUCGCUAUGAUCAAAGUUGCUGCUCCUAACAUGGCUUUGUCUGUCAUUGAUCGGGCCAUACAGGCUCACGGUGGAGCAGGAGUGAGUGAGGAUUUCCCUCUGGCUUUUCUCUACGCUGCCGCUCGAACCCUGCGCUUCGCAGAUGGUCCUGAUGAGGUUCACCAACGAGCAGUGGCCAGGAUAGAGUACGCAAAAAUUGCUAAGGCCAAGAUAUGAGCGUUGAAUGUCAGUAUAUCUGUUAGUCUGUUUUUGUUUUUAGUAAUUAUAGAAAUACACUAAAGAAACUAUGGCCAAGAUAUAAGCACUGACUGUCGGAAGACCUACGUCUGGUAUUGUCCAUUAUAUUAGUUUCGAUUUUAGUCUUAUCAACAAAAAGUUUUCUAUCAUUUUCUUGUUUUGUAAAAGUUCAUCUGUUUGCAACGAAUUAUGUUCUUAAUUUUGUCAAGAAAAAUUAAAUAUUAUUUUCUUAUUCUUGUAAGAGUAGCCUUCCUCAUGGUAUUCAUGUCAAGUUUCUGAUGCAUAAUGUUGCAACAAUUAUACUUCAUGAGUUAUUGUCUUUGUGCUCUGCACUGAAAAAAUUAAUUAUAAAUGAUUGAUGUUCUUCUAGAGUUUAGUGCCUCCAAAAAAUGUAUAGUGAUAUUCUCCCCAUCGAUGCAGUUUAGAUCAUUUAGAAGGUGGGAUAGGACUUUGCCUGUCAGAUCCAAACUGGGCUGAGAGGGUGAUGCAAUGUCCCAGCAGAAAGACUGAGAUGCCCAAUAAAAAUUCUCCCCUCCUGUGAAUUGGACUCGGGUCUUCUGAGUGCGAUGGCGAAGCACCCAACUGCGUUACCUCAGAAGCCAGCUUAUGCCUCCUUUAGACUACUGCAUUUGUUGUUGAGCAACAGCUAACUAUACUAUUUGUCUUUCCUCUCAUUUCCUCUACCCUAAUAUGUGCCACUGAUAUGUACCACACUGAGCUAGACACUAGGAUCUCCUGCUAUUCAUCUAAAGACUGCACCAGUAUUGUGGGGAUUCUGAAGAAAUGCCUUCUUUGUUGCUAUUGCUCUGUUAUUCAUGAAGCAGCGUGUACGAGUACCUUUUUGAAAAAUCAGGACUAGUUUUUCUUUUCCAAUUUUUCCUACGUAAAGUUUAAGUUAAAGUGGCAUAAGUGCACUCUUUCAAUGUAGUAUAAAGACUACUCCAGCAGCCUUCUGGUAUUCUUUAUAUUGUUGUGAUGAUUCAUUAGAUUGCUUGUAUAAGAUCCAGAAUGUUUUAUUUUUGUCGCUUCUGUACAUAGCUUUUGUCCUGUUGAGAACAAUGAAUGAUGAUGUUAAUUAACUUUGCUCAUUUUGUUCAGAUGAAAUGUAGGAAUGACUGAAUGACCUCAAGUUUGAACGAAAUGGAAUUCCAAUGAAAUGCUAGUUGGACAGAUGUUGAAAUUUUGCAUUGUGCUAUUUACAGGACCUACGAAGCUGUUUAUUUAUAAUUUGGUUAUGUAGUCAUCGGAUUUUUUAAUUUUAGUUUUUCAUUUGCAAAGGUAGAAGAAUGGGUUUUUUUUCUUUUACUCACUCCAAUAUGUUCAAAUAAAGUGUCUUGAAAGACAAUGAUGAGUUUAAGAGAUUUUAGUAUUUCAGAUCCCAACACAGGUCCUUUUGCUUUUUCGCUGAAAGGGCUGGUCAAAGUGGAAAGCAAUAAAAAAAACUUUUUCCAUCUCAGUUGAUUUUGUCACUGUGGUUCCUGUGAUUUUGGACUCUUUUUCCAUAUAUAUAUAUAUCAUACAUAUAACCUUAGUUUUGGCAUUCAAGAUGUUUACAUUUUUAACCAAUGCCUCAUAAACAGGAGACUUCUCUCUGACCCAUCUGUUAUGUAACUUCCUUGUGGGGAGAAACUUGCAAUUUGUCCACUAA